GAUGAAUAAAAUAUAUUUUUUUAAUUUAUGUCUGCAAAUUAUUUUUUUAAUUAUUUUGUCCAAAUCAGAAGCUUUUAACAUUCGUCAUUUAAAAACAGAAUCUCCUUUAAAUUUUGUUGAAGAACAAGAAAAUAGUUUCCCGCCGCCAAAAUCAGAGCAACAAAAACUUUCAAUAAUUUAUUUGCCAGAAGAAGAAAUUGACAAUUCUGGAGAUGAAAUUUUAAUUAAAAAUAAUUCUGACCAAUUAAACAAAAGAACAGCACAGGAACGCUCUACCGAAAUCUUUACCCGGAUGCGAAGCAUCUGUGCUCGCAUGCCGAGGCUUAAAAGAAAGAGAACUCCAAAACCGGGAUCGCCUGAAUCUUUGGUUGCUUUUCUGUGUUCUAGCGCCAAUAUAUUUUGA